ACAGUCAGGUGCUGCAGUCAUGCUCCGUGCUGCCAGUGGACUCCAGCUCGUCACCUCCCCGCUCCCGCGGCUCCUGCGCCUCCAGCUGCUGCUGCUGCUGCUGCUGCUGAUGAUGAUGAUGGUGAGCAGGAGCAGCUCAGCUGUUCACAACGACGCCACAGAGUCCGUGAACCCGGAGCAGCUGCGGAUCAGCGCGGAGGAGACCGACACUGAAGACACGAACCAGGCGAGGAGCGGAGGGAGGAGGAACAGUGAUGCUCAUGUGCGCCCUGGUGCAGACCAGAGCCAGGUGGGCUGCAGGGAGCUGAGGUCCACCAAGUACAUCUCUGACGGUCAGUGCACCAGCGUGAACCCCAUCAAAGAGCUGGUGUGUGCCGGGGAGUGUCUGCCCGCUCACCUGCUGCCCAACUGGAUCGGGAGCGGCGGCUACACGGGCAGGUACUGGAGCCGCCGCGACACGCAGGAGUGGCGCUGCAUCAUCGACAGAACCAGGACCCAGCGGAUCCAGCUGCAGUGCCAGGACGGAAGCUCCCGGACGUACAAGAUCACGGUGGUGACCUCCUGCAAGUGCAAGCGCUACUCCAGGCAGCAGAACGACUCGGGGCACAAGGACACUUCUGUCCUCGGCGGUAAACAGAGGAAACACCUGAGGAAGGCUGGACACCACGAAGACAAAGCAGGGAAACAACAGACGUCUGACGUCUGACGUCUGCUGCUGGUGAAUUACUGCAAAAACAAAUUAAACAAACCACAGCGUUACAGAGCCAGACAUUAAAGUGAAUAGUGUAGAUUUAGAUCUGUAUCUGUAGCUUAAAGAGCAGCUAAGUUAGACGAAAUGUAAAGAUAGAUAUUAAUGUCAUGUCCGACCUGGACUGAGGACGUUUCUUAAAAAGAGUGAAGGCAGAAAUUAAAAGCUUUAUUUGCAUUUUUCACAUCACAUUUUAUACAUUACACAUUUCUUAUUACUUAUGGUUACAUGUAUCACAUAUAUACAGCUAUAUACAGUUUGUUUGUUUAGUUGUAUUUAAACAUU